AGGCUAAGUCUGUUUCACCUAGCGUUCGCAUUCGAGUGGACCCACACUAGUAGUAGUAGUAGGUACUGACUAUAAGAGAAAGGGAAAAGGCCUUUCCAAAUUCUCCGGCACAGAUUCUAAAUAAGCUCGUUUCUCAUCCCCAACGCCUAUCGAGCAAGUCGCUGCACUGUCCUGCCCCUACCUCGUCUCUUCCAGCGCCAGAGGCGCGUGCUCUCUUACUCAUUCAGCGAAGGAAGAGACUCGUGUGAGUAUGCCUGCAUUGGCAGCCUGUUCGAGCUCUUCACUUGGGGGACACUCGAGAGGCGAGGAGGGGGAUGAGGGGAAGGAUGGGCCCUAUCGACCAAGAAGAGGAGCUGUGCGACGGAGACGGAGGAUAGGGUCUCGAAGAGGUACACCGCAGCUAGCGACGCAGCUUCCAAUGAUGCUAUCUGCUUUCGCAUUGAUCGCCUGCUGUCUCGCCUCUGUGGUGUUGGGCGCGCCCUACUCCAACUUCGCCCAACACCAUUUGCCACCCACCUUGCUCUCCUCACGCCACAUUCUUCGGGCCAGAUCGUUGACCGACCUCAAGGACAAUGCCGCCUUGACGGACUGUCUCCUCUCGUCUCGUCUCAACGUUAUUGAUCCGGCCCGAAACGACUCGAGCAUGUACUGGGACGCGGCACAGUCCGACAACCUCGCCUUCCACUUCCACCCAUAUGCCAUCGUCUACCCGCGCUCGACGCAAGAGGUCUCUGCCGCUGUGAUCUGUGCUGCCAAGAAUGGCAACGUCGCCGUGGCCGCCAGGAGCGGCGGGCACUCGUUUGGAGGGUUUGGAUCAGGUGGGCAAGACGGAUCGUUGAUUGUAGAUCUGGUCAGACUGGGCGACAUCCAUUCGGACAGCGCCAAGGGCGUGGCCAACGUGGGGCCUGGGGCGCGACUGGGCGAUGUCGUCAAAGGUCUCUGGCACAGUGGCAAGCGAGGGAUGCCUCAUGGAACCUGUCCGCCCGUCGGUGUGGGCGGACAUGCUCUCUGCGGUGGCUUCGGUCCAACGUCGCGAUUGUGGGGAAUGACGACUGACAACAUCCUCGAGGCUGAGGUCGUCCUGUCCAAUGGCACUGUCGUCGUGGCCAACAAGGACAACCACGAAGAGCUCUUCUGGGGUCUGAGAGGGGCAGGUAGCUUCUUUGGAAUUGUGACUCGCUUCACCUUCAAGACGUACGACGUGGCUGGCCCCUGGGUCUUUCUCGAGUAUCGGUGGACUAGUUCGCUCAAAACGGUCGCGGAUACAGUCAAAACGAUCGAGGCGAUUCAGGCAUUUGCCAUGAGCGAGUCGAAUCCUGCCGAGCUAGGCUUUCAUCUUCAGAUCCAGCAGCCGAACAUGGGAGAUCCGCCGGGAGGGACAGUCUCGAUGCAUAUGCGAGGCGCCUUUCGCGGUUCACUCGCCACUUUCAAUGGGACCGUUGCUCAAGCGCUCCAGGCCGAGCUAGACAGGAGAGGCUUGCCCCUCGUGCCAGAUGGCGUGAGAACCGAUGAGGUCGACUACCUCCGCCUGAUGGAGGACUGGGACGACUUUGGAAAGGCAGACGACAAGCUCGACACCCUGGCUGAGCGUCUUCGGCACAAUCAAUUCCUCGCUCGCACUUCGCUGACGAUGGACAACACCAAAGCGCUGUCGACUGCGGCGGUCGACAAUGUCGUGCAGUUGCUCUGGCAGAGAGCCAAGGCUUCGACAAGCACAGAAAAUUGGGCCUGGAACGUGUACAUGGAGCUGUUUGGCGGUAGCCAUGCGCGACACCUUGACAAGGAGCUCGUCGAAGCUUCCUCAAUGCAGCAGCGCGAUGCUCUCUGGCUCAUACAGACAUCGGUCGGCAUGAUGCCCAAUACCCCCUUUAAUAUCGAGGCAAGAAACCUGCUCCAACAAAUCGACGCCAAGUGGAAACAGUCGCUGGCCAACGACGGCAUCGUGGAAAAGUCGUACAGCUGCUAUGUCGACUUGUCGCUGGGAGACGAGGAGUGGAAAGAAGCGUAUUAUGGCAAAGAAGCCCUUGAGAGAAUAACGAUACUCAAACAUCGGUAUGAUCCCAUCGACCUUUUUCGGAACCCACAUCGGAUACCGCGGAUAGAUGAUAAAAAGACGCUCUCAAAGAUUGGUGGCGAUGCAGGAGACAAUUACGUCGCCGUCUCCCAUCCGCUACCCCGAUAGAUGCAUAUAUUAGGUCCCUCGGUCUACUUCAGUCCUUUCUCAAGACAUCGCAAGCAUCAUGACAUUUGUAUUACCCUC